AUGGCGGUCCGUGAAGAGGAUAAAGUUGCGGAGCUCAUCAAGGAAGUAGGAGAGCUGGCUUUACAUUUUUGUGAGUGUUAUAAGCUUAUGGUUCUGAAAAUUAGUUCUAAGCAGGGGCGGUUGAGAAAAAUGAUCGGAGUUGUUGCUGCUAAAGAUUUACCAGCAGAGCCAUCUGAAGAAGAGUUUACGCCAUAUGACAAGUUUUGUCCCUUCUACAAGUCUGUCUGGAUGAUGUGCAACAUUAUUCAUUUCUACAAUUUGGCAAAUCAGGCAGUAGAGAGGGGAGCUGGUACUGAUGGUCAGAAGAUAACUUAUACUCUCAUCAAGCAUCGUUUGGGAGAUCUCUUCUAUCGUUUAGUGUCUCAGAAAUUUGAGGACCCUGCUGAAGGGGAAUCAGCAUUGGUUGCCAAAUUUACUCAGCUACACGAGGACCUGACUAACGGUUUCCACAACCUUGAGGAUGAAGCCCGAUAA